CGUCGCUCGUCGUUGUGCUCCUCCUCGCUUCCACGGCCCCCCGCGCCUGAUGUUGCGUUGCUGUGCAUGCUUGACUUUCCCUUCAACACCGCUGAUUGCUGCUGGCCCUGCUUUGCUGCCCACAUUUCCUUUCCGCCCUACCUACCUACUCCUCCUUCCCCUCUCCUCCUCCUCCUCCCCCCACCCUCUCCCAGGGCUGCUUGACGCGCUCGUCCUCCCGUUUUCUUUUCGCCUUCUGAGUCUAUCGUUCAUUCACUUCUUUUGCCCUAAUUCCAUCCGCAAGAUCGGAUCCUAGUUUGCGCGCCGGUCGGCCUCUUGCUGCGUCAUUCCCCUCCGUCGCGCCUCUCCGACAAUUGCUGUUUGAUUGCCGCCUCUCAGGAAUUCAGUCGAUCCAUUUCAGUAGUCUUCCCAUA